AUGCCGGAGGAAAGAAAGAAAAGAAGAGUAAAAGCCGAAGAAGAGGCUAACCCGUCCCCUCCCAUAUCUGCCAGCACAGUUUCAACUCACAAUCGCAAGAAACUAAGUUGUCAACAAUGUCGUUCACGUAAAAUUAAAUGCGAUGGAAAUAGUCCUUGUCUGGGAUGUAUCAAAGCUGCUAUUCAAUGUAUUCCAACCGUUAAUGACAUGAGAAAGAAACGUAUUCCUGUAAACUAUGUUCAGAAACUUGAGUCUCAGAUCAAUAAUAUCAGAAAAUUCAUUACAGACUUACGGGCAUUAGACACUGAAAAGCAACUUGAAAAGUUGAAGGAUACAGAUUUGAUUGAGUUGGUUGAUACCGAACCAGAAGCACCUACAUCAAAUUAUCCAAACACGCCUAGUCAGGAUUUGCAAGAUGAUGUGGAGGAGAAUAAAGUCAUUUAUGGUCCUACUUCGGUUUACGAUAAUCACAUCAUCGCCAACAGUAAGCGUCCGCCAAAACGAGAAAACGAAGUUGCUAUAAUAAACAAGCUCAACAAAGAUCCCGAUAUUCUUAAAUGUAUUCAAUUAUUUUUCACUUGGCAAUAUCCCGACCACAAUAUGUUUAUCUUUCGUGAGGCAUUUCUAAUUGAUUUCUUUGAUCCGAAACCAACUAGUAUCUAUUGUUCUAAAACAUUGAUAUUAAGCAUUUGUGCUCUUGGCUCAAGAAUGUCUGAUGAAGAAAGAACUUAUCGUCGCUCAAAGGAGUUUUACCAAGAACUGAAAUCUAUCUUACUUAGUACACUCAGUCAACCAUCAAUAGCCUCACUUCAAAGUUUCAUGGUGCUUGCGUUUUUUGAUAUUUGUAAUGGACUGAAUUCAAGCGGAUGGAUGCUCCUGGGUAAUGCAAUGAGAAUGGGAUUUGAUAUUGGGUUCCAGUUGAAUCCGAAAGUGUGGUUUGUCAAGUCAAAAGAAAGCUUAAACCCAUUGGAUGUUGAAAUUCGAUCAAGAAUCUAUUGGGGUUGCUAUAUGGCUGACCAUUUUAUAAGUUUAGUGUUAGGUCGACCUUCAAUUUUGAAAAUGGCUGAUUCAUCAAUACCCGAGACUGCUGAUUUACCUGAUUUGGAAUGGAUUGAUGAUUUCACUUACGAUGGGUUUAUAAAAAAGAAAAGGGGAUUGGUCAAAAACCGGUCAAGAGCGGUAUCAUACAUUGGUGAUCCAUUGAAUCAAAUAAUCAAUUUGAUAAAUAUUUCCGAUAAUAUGUUGAAUGAUAUCUUUACUAAAUCCGAUCUUGAAAAUGAUCAAACUAAUGAGGAGGAGUUAGACUUAGAGUCGAGACUAGAAAAACUAUUUGAAUAUAAUGCCCAAAUCCAACAAUGGAAACAAAACUUGCCAGAAGAUUUACAAUGGAAUAACGACUCAUUAGCAAGUACGGGCGAAAAUCCCACAUAUUCCGGAAUUCGUUACUAUUACUACAUCUUACUACUUUGUUUAAAUCGGCCAUUUGUUGGACUAGAAUCGGAAAAACUCAAAUCCGAUAAUCAUCUAUCACCAUUGACGAUAUGCCUUAAUGUGAUUGAGGAUCUUUACGUAUCAAUAUAUCGAUUUGAACAAGUUCAUGGCUACAGGCGAGCAUCAAUUUUCGUUGUUUAUUCAUCAAUUUUAUCAAUCUCCAUUAUCUUACUUACAAAUUCCAACCUAACCCAAGUUAAUCAACAUCGUGAUCGAUUACAAUUUUUCAUGUCGGUGUUACAUGGAUGUUCCAAGACUUGGAAAUUGGCAGAAAAGUCAUACAACCUAAUCAAAGAUAAAUUAAAACAUCGAUAUGAAACUGGUGAAUUGAAUGAAAGAGAAACCAAAUCACUGUCAAGUAAUUUCACCACGUCUGAUGGAGCUCCAACUACUUCCAGUAAUAGCAGUGUAUCUUCGGUUCCUAUAGUCAGAGAUAUACCUCUGAUUAAACAAUCGCCAAUGUCGAGUGUUGAUUCACAAAAUUUCACUAAUACUGAUGUUUUACUUGAUGAUAAUAUUGAUUUCCUUGGUGGUCCACCAGUUCUUAUGACUUCUGAUUUAUUUAAUGAAGAUUGGGAGUCGCUUUUCCCUGACUACAUCUUCCAUAGUAAGAAUUAG